GCUUCCGUUCCUUCCACUCCCCUCAGCCCUGCUUCAACUAAUCAAAUCCCUGAUGAGCAGGGGGUUGCGGGAUUAGUAGCCUUUAUAAUCAGUUGUGUAGAGUAAGGUUGGAGCAAAAGCCUGCAUACCCAGUAGUAGCUGCUAUUAGCAACGCUGUUGUGUUUACACUAUAUCGUUGGUACCUUUUUGUAUUGGCAUUGAGUUGCACAAAAACAGUCCGUAGUUUAGGAAGCAGGGGGCGUUUUCAUUUCGGAGGCCGUUUAUCGUUUAAGAAGCAAACGGAGCAACACGAGCGUUUGUAUUGAAAAAAAGUAAGAGAUGUGAGGGUACCUACAGCUGACUGAAGUGAAGGCCAGCAUCUCAACCAUGGGGAAGCGGUAUUACUGUGACUACUGUGACCGGUCCUUUCAGGACAACAUGCACAACAGGAAAAAACACCUAUAUGGUGUUCAACACCACAGAUCUAAAAAGGCCUGGUUUGACAAUUUCAGGGAUGCAGCAGCCAUCCUGUAUGAUGAACAAACUAAGAAACCCUGCAGGAAAUUUCUUCAGACGGGCCAGUGUGUGUUUGGCAACAACUGUAGGUUCUCUCACAUGUCAGAGAGGGACAUGGAGAACCUAAGAAUGCAGAUUGAAGAUGAAAGACGGAGCAGAGAGGACCCGGAGCACAGAGCGUCCCCUGAGCGGAGCAUAGAGGAGUGGCUCACCAGGAGAGAGAAAAAGAGAGCCGCCCUAAGCAGUGGAAGUGUUCUGAAAGAGGAAGAUGAGGAGGAUGAAGAUAAUCAACCAGAGAAUGAUAUACCGCCACAUUUCCUCACCAUUCCUGACCUUCCUCCCUCCCUUCUGCCCCCUCCCCUUGGAGGAUGGAAAGUCAAAGUCAGAACUGAAUGGGGUUGAAGGGGCAGUGAAGUUAAUGGCAGUUCUACACUGAGGUCAAAAUAACAACCUGAACUGGAAUUUCAACCUGUUCAGGUGGGGUGGAUUUUUUUUGGUAACUGAUCUGAUUAUUCUGACCUAUGACCAGUCAUCUUUUAUUUGUAUACGCAUCCUACUUUGAAGGGGUAAGCAGGGUAGGCUCAGAGUCAAGACGAUCCUAUCCGCCAAUCAGGGUUGUGUAUGUUAAUAUAUUUACAUUUGUAUCAACACGCCCACACAAUCAGACUGAGCAUUUCAAUGGCAAAAGGAGCCUCAGGGAAAUAAAUAUUUUCGUGAAAUAAACACACACAGUCAUUUAUUAGACAUACAGUGAUUUAGAAAUUAUUAAGACUGCAUGGGAGCUUUAAAGCUGGGUCACCAUUUUUUUCUCAGUUUGAUGUGGUGAUGCAAGAACGGAUCAUUAAUUGCUUUUAGGGCUCAAACUUUUACUUGAUAGAAGUGAGUGAAUUUGUAACACAUUUUAAUUGAUUUUCUCCAUCACCGACUACAUUAAAAUUCAGUUGCGUGCAUGCAGAGAUUUUGUUGAGUAGGUCCUCGUAUUCAAGAAAAUGUAUUCUGAGUUGGAAAUGUACAGAAUGUGAGGUUCUAAUGCUUUUUAAAUGAUGGCCUCAGGAAAGCAGCAGAACAGGAGUGGCUACCGUGAUAUAGACUCAGCAAAAAAAAAGAAACGUCCUCUCACUGUCAACUGCUUUUAUUUUCAGCAAACUUAAUGUGUAAAUAUUUGUAUGAACAUAACAAGAUUCAACAACUGCGACAUAAACAGAACAAGUUCCACAGACAUGUGACUAACAGAAAUGGAAAAAUGUCCCUGAGCAAAGGUGGGUCAAAAUCAAAAGUAGCAGUCAGUAUCUGGUGUGGCCACCAGCUGCAUUAAGUACUACAGUGCAUCUCCUCAUUGACUGCACCAGAUUUGCCAGUUCUUGCUGUGGGAUGUUACCCCACUCUUCCACCAAGGCACAUGCAAGUUCCCGGACAUUUCUGGGGGGAAUGGCCCUAGCCCUCACCCUCCGAUUCAACAGGUCCCAGACAUGCUCAAUGGCAUUGAGAUCUGGGCUCUUUGCUUGCCAUUCCUGUCUUGCAGGAAAUCACACACAGAACGAGCAGUAUGGCUGGUGGCAUUGUCAUGCUGGAGGGUCAUGUCAGGAUGAGCCUGCAGAAAGGGUACCACAUGAGGGAGGGGGAUGUCUUCCCUGUAAGUUGAGAUUGCCUGCAAUGACAACAAGCUCAGUCCGGUGAUGCUGUGACACACCGCCCGAGACCAUGACGGACCCUCCACCUCCAAAUCGAUCCCGCUCCAGUGUACAUGCCUCGGUGUAAUGCUCUUUCCUUUGACGAUAAACGCGAAUCCGAUAAUCACCCCUGGUGAGACAAAACCGCGACUCGUCAGUGAAGAGCCCUUUUUGUCAGUCCUGUUUGGUCCAGCGACGGUGGGUUUGUGCCCAUAGGCGACGUUGUUGCUGGUGAUGUCUGGUAAGGACCUGCCUUACAACAAGCCCUCAGUCCAUCCUCUCAGCCAAUUGCGGACAGUCUGAGCACUGGUGGAGGGAUUGUGCGUUCCUGGUAUAACUCGAGCAGUUGUUGCAAUCCUACACCUGUCCUGCAGGUAUGAUGUUCAGAUGUACCGAUCCUGUGCAGGUGUUACACGUGGUCUGGGCUACGGGGACAAUCAGCUGUACGUCCUGUCUCUCUGUAGCUCUGUCUUAGGCGUCUCACAGUACGGGCAUUGCAAUUUAUUGCCCUGGCCACAUCUGCAGUCCUCAUGCCUCGCAGCAUGCCUAAGGCACGUUCACGCAGAUGAGCAGAGACCCUGGACAUCUUUCUUUUGGUGUUUUUCAGAGUCAGUAGAAAGGCCUCUUUAGUGUCCUAAGUUUUCAUAACUGUGUCUUAAAGACUGUUCCACCAGUGCAUGUUCAUGAAUUGUUUAUGUUUCGUUGAACAAGCAUGGGUUACGGUGUUUAAACCCUUUACAAUGAAGAUCUGUGAAGUUAUUUGGAUUUUUACAAAUUCUCUUUGAAAGACGGGGUUCUGAAGAAGGGAUGUUUCUUUUUAUGCUGAGUUUAUUUAAAAAAAUACUUGUAUUUUGUCAUUUGCUUCCCUCCACAUUCCAUGUGAAUGGAAAGUGGUUUGUCCAUGUUGGGAUUUAUUUAUAAUGGAUGGCAUACUGUUUUACCUCCGAUUAAGUUCUUGGUCCGUAUUAAGAGAAUGAGUAUCGGAACCGGAACAAAGAGCUCCACCCUCUCUCUGAGUUGCAGGCAAGUCUAUUGACCAAAUGUUCCCUCCCCUUAUGUUUUUCGAAAGAAGAGAAAAUUGUGAUUUUUCCAAAGCAUGGGAACUAAUGCUGCUCGUUAUCAAACCUUCCCAUAUCAUGACAGAUCUACGAUACCAUUUAUGGUUACGUAGUCUGUCCACGAGUGAUUACCUCGCCAAGGAUGGCUGGCCACUUUUGUAACAAAAUGGUUUUACAUUUUCUAUCUUCUGGUAAUAAAAUAGUGUUUUAACUGGA